CCGCAUUGUUCUCAUCUGAACCCGCUGGACAGCUUCUCUCUGCUCGAACAGUUAUCCAACGCCAUCCCUGUUCCUGUGAAAAUACACACAACAAUGAGGCUGCUCUGUUGCUGCAGUGCUCUGCUGCUGCUCAUCCUCAUUCCCAGAGCUUGUCAAGGUGGCAACAUCUUGGUCCUUCCUAUAGAAGGCAGCCACUGGGUAAAUAUGGAUGUCCUGCUUCAAGCAUUGCACGAGAAAGAACACAGUCUCACAAUCCUACGUUCAAGCAAAAGCUGGUACAUCAAGGAGAAAUCGUCCUAUUAUGACUCCUUUACAGUUCAAGUGGAGAGGAGCUUAGAUCAGAAGUUCAUAACCAAAAUCAUAAAAGAGGUUAUUGAUUUUGAGAGAGGGGCUCUUCCCUUGAUUAGUUUUCUCCACACAUCUGUGGGGAUGAUUGGCACAUUUGUGGACGCUCACGAAGCUGUGGGGGAUUUUGUUAGAGGCGUCCUAGAUGACACAGAGCUGUUGAAGAAGUUGAAGGAUAGCGAGUUCGAUCUGGUGCUCACAGAUCCCUGCUGGGGUGGAGGAGUCAUUUUGGCCAAAUAUUUGAAUAUUCCUUUGGUUUACAAUGUUCGCUGGCUAUUGGGUGGUGAGGCUCACCUUGCUAUUGCUCCUUCACCUUUAUCAUACAUUCCUAUAACAGGAUCUGGAAACACUGACAAGAUGACCUUUUGGCAGAGAGUCAAAAAUGUGGCUUUACAUCUAGUAACAGAAACACAAAAUCACAUUGUUAGCCAAAUAUACCAAAAAAUUACCAACAAAUAUCUUGGGCCUGGUCUUGAUUAUAAGGAGCUGAUGCUUGAUGCUGAUAUUUGGCUCAUGAGGGCAGACUUUGUCUUUGAGUUCCCUCGUCCCACCAUGCCUAAUGUCGUAUACAUGGGAGGUUUUCAGUGUAAACCUGCAAAACCUCUUCCUGAGCACCUGGAGGAGUUUGUGCAGAGUUCUGGAGAGCAUGGAGUCAUACUCAUGUCUCUGGGGACUUUUGUGAGUGAACUUCCUGCUGACAUGACAGAUGAGAUCGCUGCAGCUUUUGCCAAGCUACCUCAAAAAGUCAUCUGGAGACACAAAGGUGACAAACCAGCCAGUCUGGGAAACAACACCCUGCUGGUGGACUGGAUGCCCCAGAAUGAUAUUUUAGGACAUCCAAAGAUUAAACUCUUUGUGGCUCAUGGAGGAACAAACGGAGUUCAAGAGGCUAUGUAUCAUGGAGUCCCAGUUGUGGGUCUUCCUUUGUUUUUUGACCAAUACGACAAUCUGCUGCGCCUCAAAGAGAGAGGUGGGGCUGAGAUCCUGAGCCUUCAAACAGUGGACAAAGACGACAACUUCCUGAAGACAGUGCAGAGAGUCCUGACCGAGCCCUCCUACAGGAUGAACAUGCAGAGACUCUCCAGGCUGCACAGAGAUACUCCUUUGAAGCCACUGGAUAAUGCCCUCUUCUGGAUAGAGUUUGUUAUCAGGCAUAAAGGUGCAGCUCACCUGAAAGCACAGUCAUUUAAGAUGCCCUGGUACUCCUACCACUCCUUUGAUGUCUUUCUGUUCCUGGGUGGAGUUUUGCUUCUCGUGCUCUUGAUUGUUUUCAUGCUGAUUAGAUGUUUGUACAACAGAAUGUGUAAGAGAAAAAUGAAACAUGACUAAUCAUUUAAGGGAGACAAUUUCAUAAAAUUAAAUAUGGCUUUAAUAUAUGUACAGAUUUUACUUAGCUAUUUUUAGAUGUUAGUUAAAAAUCAGUAUGACAACAUUUCACAUAAUAACUGAAACUGUAAAGACAAUAUCUUUAUUAAGUCAGUUUGAUCAUAAUUUAUUAAGUAUUUGUGAGACCAUAAUGAAUGUUGUGAGCUUUCUAAUAAGCACAUUUUCCUAAUGAAAUACUUUAUCUUUAGUGCUUCCACUGGUGCUCUUUAUUAUCUUACUGACCUUUUGUUGAUUUGUAUAACAGCUGAGAAGGGUUUGGCAGCAGCUGAUUCAUCUCUGAGAACCACUCUCACAGUCUGCUCAUCUGAGACACUGUAUAUCUCAGAAAGGAAGUGCCAUAAUUUUAUGGUAAAAUGCAUUUCAAGUUUAAGUUUGUUUUUUUUUUAAUUCAACUUUCCUUUUAAACAAAGCCCAGUGGUUGUACUCAUUAAGUAACCACAUUGCAAACAUUAUGGACCAAGCAACAUUUAGCCAUACACAAUUUAAUCCUAAUUUAGAAUCAUGACAUUUUUCUCUGUAAGUAAAAUAAAGAAAAAGGUCAUGAGUCUAAACUUGGAUUUAUGUAUUAUGUAUAGAUCUGCUGUAGAAGCAAACUUGUGAAAUGGUGGCUCACUUUAGCUCCUUUAGCUUUAGCUAACAUAGCUAUGCAAUUAUUGUUACUACAUUGGCCAAUGUAGCUCAGUCAGCUUUAGCAACAUGAGCUCUUGAAAACAUAGCUAAAGCUAACAUAGUUAUGUUGAUAAUGUAGACACAUAGCUUAGCUUACAUAGUUUCAUAGCUGUGGGUUUAGCUGGGGCUACAUUAGCUAUGUGGCUGAGUUAUCUAUAGCUAAGUCAAUGUGAGCCGUAGCAAAUGUAGCUUAAGAUAACUUAGCUACUUGGAUUAUGUAAGAAAUAUUUUGUAAUCAGGUUUUGUAGGUCAGGCUUUUAACAGUUUAACUGUUGGUAUCCUAACCCUUACCUUGACCCCAAACAAAAGUUAAACCUAAUUCUAUUUAUAACAUUUUAGGGUAUAUUCCAUUUUGAGAUACAGAGUCACAGAUUUAAAAAACAAACCCAAAGAAAAAUUAUUUCAGUUGAAGAAGUUAACUAAAAAUAGGAUUUUCUGUCCCAAAGAAGAAGAUUAUUGUAACUUGUGUCCUAUAGAGAAGUAAAAUAAUGAGAAUGAUAAAAUAAGAGUA